CAGCUCUAUUCACAAGCACGUGGCGCGCAACAAGCAAGAACAAAAAAAGAGAAUUAAAUUAAUAUAUUCCCGUUUAAUUAAGGUUUUUAAAAGCUCGGCCAACGAUGAGUACAUCUUUGGCACAGCAGCUGCAGAAGUUGGCAGCGCCGCAGACGGCGGGAACACUAGCGGAUGCUCACAGCAGAGCAUCAAUAUUGUUUGACCCCAAAGAGGCGGCCACCAAAGACCGGCGAGCCAUCUAUGAAAUUGGUUUAACUGGCCUACAGGAGCUUACAGAGUUUAAUCCCGCCUUUAAGGAGUUUCAGUUGACCCUCUACGAUGAGGCCACCUUGACAUUGGAGCGUUCCGUAGAGCUGCCGGAGGUCAACAAAAUGCUGGAUGCAGCCAUUGCCAAGUUCCUGCGUCUGCUUUCACCCUAUAUACUACUUCGUCCUGCACAUAUGGCCUUUGAAUGGCUGCUAAGAAGAUUUCAGGUGCAUGAGUAUAAUCGCGACGAUGUGAUGGCUCUUAUCCUGCCCUAUCAUGAAACAAAAAUCUUUGUUCAAGUGCUCCAGACCAUGCGACUGCGACAGUCGGAUAACAAUUGGGUAUGGCUGCGCCCGUUGCAGCGUCCCGGUGUGACCCUGGCUAAAAGUGCCAUCAUCAAUCGCGCAGCGACUAGUCCAGCCUUUUUGGGUUUCAUUUGCAAAAGCACACGCAAAGCGGUCAAAGAGUUGGGUCCACGUGCUCACCAGCUGCAAACACAAAUCAAUUUCUACUCCACAGUCGUGGUAGGUGCCCUGCAGGCAGCGAAACCUGUUGAGGAUUGGCAUAUAACCACAAUACUAGAGCCACUGCUAAAAGGAUUAGCCUCCGAGACUGUGGAUUUCAUGGCUGCGGCAUAUGUGAUAGUUGCCCAGUUGGUGUCCCGCACCAAAUUAAAGAGCAAAGUUUGCAAUGCCCUGUUAGAGAGGAUAGCCAAUUGUCCCUUCGAGCGUCUGCAUACCACAUCGUUGCUUCUUCUCAUUUGGAUUAAUGAUAAGCAAAAAAGUGCCAACCCAGAAUUCAAAUCGGAAACCAUUCUGAAUUUGGUGCGCCAGAAGUGGCUUAUUAUAUGCCUCGCCUCGCUGGCUAAGGAUAAUAUAGCAAUUCAACCAAUUUGCAUACCUCUGAUACGAGGUUCCGUUGCCGCCAUCAGGGAAAAGGACGAGGAUUCUUCGCUUACAUUUAAACAAUUUUUGGAUAGUCUCAUUGGCGAUGUACCCUUCUCUAAGGCCGGUGCUCAACAGUUGAUCAACUGCUUUCUUGACACAUAUGUAGAGACUGAGAUAGCCAAUGCCACACCAUCUAUAGAAACCCCAUCCAACUCCAAUGAAGAUGACGAAGACACAAUUGUCAUUGAUUCUGAUGAUGAGGAAAUGCCGCAAGAGAAGACCAAUUUUCAGGCUUGGUAUUCCGCAUUUAUGGAGAAAUUGGAACGACGAUUCCCCGAAGCUUUUGACUUGAGCGUCAAGGAAGCGUUGAGGGCUACAUCAAAGACAAGCAAUCGUGAAAAGGCUUUGAAGUUGGCUCUUGGUUUCCGUUUAAAUACAACCGAUGAAAAGGCCAAAUUGGCCUAUGAGAAACUCUAUCAUUAUAGUGCCGAUUGGCGUUUGAAAGGAGUGAAACAAUUGUUACGCAACUUAAAAAUUCCCUCUAAGCGGGAAAGAAGCUUAAAUCUAUUGGAAGAAUGUCUAUCAGAUCGAUUGCAAGAUGAUAGUGGAGAUAUUGUAGCCGCCUUGCUAACGCUUGAUACCAAUGACUUGAUUGGCAUGUUAAAGUCCCCAGCUACAUUUGCUCAAAUACUCUGUCGUCUCCUGCAACGUGCCCAUAGAGAGACACAAGAUUGGAUUGCUGUAAUACCGAAAGCCGUGCAACAUUUGACCACAGCUAAUGUGAGCGACCACUAUGAUAAAAAUCUAGUGCUAUUGGCCUUGAUGCCCUUACUAUUUCCAAGCGAUGAAUUUCGAAAGCAACAUCAUCAGGCUCUGGUUGCAUUGCUAGAAAGUGAAUUUGUGUUGAAUCGUGUUCCAUUUUUGAAACCACUGAAGGUGGAACGUGAAUUCAGUAACUUCAAUUUGGUAGCACAUCGUCAGAACUUUUUGGAUGUGAUUGCGAGCAGCUCAGGAGAUAAAGUAAACCUGGACAAGGGACUUCUUGAGAGUUUGGAACAGCAUGGAGGAGUUAAUUAUCUAAAAGAAGCAUCUCAAUUUACACAUUUACUGCUCCUGCUGACAGCCUAUGCCAAGAGGCAGCUAAAGCCAGAAGAGAGUUUGCAAAUGCUUGAGAAAAUUAAUCAAUAUAGUAAACGAUUUAGUUUCAAAUGGGCCGCAAAGCAUAAAACACCUCAUGUCAGGCUUCAAUUAUUUUUGGAUUUCCUAUUAACCUUGGCGAGUAAUACAAGUUGGUCAUCCAAAAAAUUAGCAGCCCAAUCGUGGACAGAACAAUCCGCUGAUUUAAAACUUUGCCUUCUCUUGAUUGAGAUCUUGGCUGGACAUGUGUAUGCAGAGAACUCCCAUUCUGAUCACAACGACCUAAGAGAGUGGUCAAAUGCCUUGAUGCAGUGCCUUAAUUGUAUAUUCCACAAGCCUCAACAGAAAUUUAAUUUCCUAAGCAAUUUCUUUAUCUAUGAAAGAUUGCCGCAGGUGUGGCCCAAAGACGCGGAUUAUGCAAUGAUUCGAUUGCAAGGAUUUUGUUUGCUUCAGGCAGUUGUCAGGGGCAGAGAUCCCACACUGAAUUGCACCUUAAUGCAUGUGCUACGCGUGGCCAAUGCCUGUGCUUCGCCCUUGCAGACUUUACGUCUCUUGGCCUUGGAUUCGUUGAAGUUAAUGAAACAUCUUGUUAAGGAAAAACAUGUUAUACACCUGGUAGAACAAUUGCUGCAAAGAUCAAGCGAAUUGGGAAUAGAUCAAGAUCAAUAUGCCUUGAUAUUGUAUACCAUUUUGGUUUCGAGACACUCUAGUACAGAGACAUUAGCCCAGGAUAAAUUAAAUCAAGCCAAAUUGCGUCGCUGCUUUGUGGAACUCGCAACGGAUGAAAAGCAGCCUCCAGUUUUCACAAUUGCCUUGCUCUCUGCCCUCAAACAUGUGAAUAACGAGGAAUUGUUGACAUCACUUUUGCCUUUGGGACUUUCGGCUCUGGAAAGGAUUAGUUCCGGCGAUUCUGUCAAUCAAUCGCAAUUGAAACAACUUCCCUGGCCUUAUAGUCAAAUCUAUAGAUCAGUUGUGGAACGUUUUGAGGGUAGCAUUGCCCUUAAAGUUUUAUCGCACAAACCUCUGGCCUGGGAUCUGUUUACGAAGAGUUUUGAAUAUCAGGAUUCGUACAUUCAAUUGGAGCAGAAACUCCAGCCCAUACCAUGCUUGCUGCUCAAUACUCUCACACCCGAAACCUUUGAGAAAUUGCAGUCGAAGCAUAAGGUGGAACUAAUAAAGCUUUUAGUAGAUGCAGCCACAAAAUCUGAUAAUGAUAGCAUCUUUCUGGCCGGUCACAGACUUUUGAAACGUUGCAAUUUGGAAUGCCAGCCAUUGGUGGCCAUGCUACUGGAGAUGGCAACCAAGGGACAACGGCAAACGGAAACAAAGCCAACAAAGCGACGCGUAACUGGAGCCACUCAAUUGGAUUUGACAAGUUCCGCUUGGAAACAGGGCAUGACUCUCCUCGAGCUAUUGGAGCAUAAGAAACAGCUGAAAGGAGCUGAAUUACUUAUUCCCCCACUCUUUGAACUGCUUCAGGCUUGCCUCAGUUUGGAGGAACACAGCGCGGCCGAGUAUCCCAAACAAUUGAUUCUGUCCAGUUUGUUGCAUUGCUGUCAGACUGCCGAAGCAGCAGGAGUACAAUUGGCCAAAGCAUUGCCCGAAUCUUGUUUCCGCAUCGAACAGGUCGUACAGUGUCUGAGAAAUACACAAAAUCCUCAGACCCAGCAGCAAGCUUUGCUUUUCCUCACCCACUGUGCUGGGCUAUAUCCACAGCAAGUGCUGCACAAAAUUGUGGAAAUCUUCACCUUUGUGGGCUCAUCUGUGGCCAGACAUGAUGAUGCCUUCAGCUUGCAUAUUAUUCACAAUGUGGUCGAGUCAAUUGUACCCAUAUUGCUAACUAAAGCUGGCCAACGGGAACAAUUGGUCAUUCCGGUGCUAAAGGUCUUCUCUGAUAUAUGCACAGAUGUGCCAGUCCAUCGAAGAUUACCUCUCUAUGCCACAUUGUUUAGGGUUCUCGAACCCAAGGAGCAUCUUUGGCAGUUUUUGUGCAUUGUUUUUGAGUCACAAGUCUUGAUGGAGGAGAAAAUUUCAACAGACAAAUCUCGUUUAGAGUUUGCUCGCGAAUUGACAAUGAUGUUUGAAAACUCUUCCGUGAUAUUGGAGACUUUUAUCAAAUUGCUUGACUAUCUAAGCAAGUUACCUGUUCAUAUUGGCAAAUCCCAGUCCAGUGCCAGCAAAGGAGUUGCUUCAUAUCUCUCCACAGAACAUCAACUCUUUGAUGUACGCACAAGAACGUUCAAACAACUCCGUCACUACAAAUAUCUUAUAAUGGAUCAUCUAUCAACGUUGAGCAGCAGCCAGGAGUUCCAAACGAAAAUGAGCACUGUAUCAAAUCCCAGUGAACUUUUGCCUCACUAUCAGGAUCUGAUUUUAAAGACUUUGGCUUAUGUUACGGUGGUUAAUGAUGCCAUGCUUGGAGCAGCGGGAACACCGUCUCUGGAGAAAUAUUGGCGUGUCUUGUCCAAUCAUGUACACGAUGUUUUGGACAAUGCCAUUGGACUCCUCUCUCCGCAAUACUUCAUCAGCGUCAUUACAGAACUCCUGCAACAUGAUCUAAUCUAUGUGAGGAUUAAAGUUUUGGAAUUGCUCGUUCAAAAGUUGAACUCGACCAGCAAUUACUUUGAGGCCUGCGAAGUUUCACAUUUUGGAGUACUCUUCAGUCCUCUGGAUGCCAUAGUCAAUGGUAUUCUAGAGUCAGAGGGAUCGAGUACUCCGCAACAGGCACAACUGCAGCAAACAGCCCUUCAAGCUUUGCAGCUUCUAGCCCAUCGUUAUGGACGUACUUACCUAGAGGAAUGCCGCACCCUGUUGGCCACUUUGACUAGAAUCACUAAGAGACGUUCGAAUGUGCCCAAGGCCGUCGUGGGCAAUGUAGUACUCACUCUGGUAGAGAUUUGUGCAGCUCUCAAGGCCCAUGCUUUGGCCCAACUGCCGAAAUUCGCUCCACAAUUGGUGGAAUUGCUUAAAGAGCAAGUACAGCAAAUGAAUACGUUAAAGCAAGGUCCCGACUAUCUAUGCUCCACCUUGGUUACCGCUUUCCAUAAGCUAUUCCUAGCUUUGCCUCUCUUUUUGGGUCCUUAUUUGGUGGACAUUAUUUCGGGCCUCGUUCGUCUCUCUGUUCAAUUGGAAAACCCGGAGUUGGAACGGGAUAAACGAGCUCAGGCAUUGAAGUUGCGGCUGAAAGAUGUAUGGACUGCUUUGGUUAACGGUGUGGAGGUGCGCAUUUUGGUGCCCAGUUGUGCCAAGAGCUAUAGAAGUCUUUUGGAGGCCCAAGCCUAUGAUGAACUGGGUCAUCUCAUGCAACAUUUACUGCUGCAGUGCAUUAAAAUUAACACAAACGCUCAAUUGGAACCAGUGCGGGAUAUAUUGAGUGAACUGUUCCUACAGGCUUUGGAAUUCCGGCUACAAGUUCGUGGUCGUUCCUUAGCCCGUCCACAAUUGUCAGCCAUUGAGGCCAAUAUUGGUGAAACCUUUGUCACUUGGAUACUUAAGUUGUCUGAAACCAGUUUCCGUCCCAUGUACUCCAAGCUGCACAAGUGGGCGCUGGAAAAGGAUGAGCCGGAGACACGAUUGACAUAUUUCCUUCUAACGCAACGCAUUGCCGAGGCCCUGAAGUCGCUCUUUGUGCUCUUUGCUAGCGAAUGUGUAGAGGAAUCGUCCAAGCUGGUGCAUGAACACAACUCUCUAAGAAGGCAAUUUGUCGCCAAACAGGUCGAAGAUGAUGUUGAGCUAUUGAAGGCUGUCCUCACCACCCUCCAUCAUGUAUUCCUGCACUGCAAUGACGAUUUUAUUAAUGACCAUCGUUUCAAUGCGCUGAUGCAACCUCUGGUCGAUCAACUCGAGAAUGAAUUGGUUCUGCAAAGCGAACCCCUUCAGCAAUCUCUUACUGAUUGCAUUGCUCAAUUGGCUGUGGCCACCAACGAUGUUAUGUGGAAGCAACUGAAUGCCCAAGUGCUACUUAAGACACGCACUCAAACGCCUGAGGUGCGGAUUUUGUCGUUCAACACGUGUGUGGCCAUAGCCCGCAAGUUGGGUGAUAGUUUUGCUCCUUUGUUGCCCGAGACGGUGCCAUUUAUAGCUGAACUUCUGGAGGAUGAGCACGAGCGAGUGGAGAAGAGUACACGAUCUGCUGUUCAGGAAUUGGAAACUAUUCUAGGUGAACCUGUCCAGAAAUAUCUUUAAAAGUUAAAUUGAUUGGCUUUGUAAAUAGAAAUUGAUUCUUUUUACAAUUUAAAGUUUAACCUGAGUAAUUUUUAAAUUUAAAACUAUCUUUUAUUACCUAAAAUUUAUAUUUUAAUGCACAUUAGUUUUAUGUUCAUAAAUAUAAAAGCAAAUAUGUUUCUACAAGUUUUAAA